AUGUCGCGCGCCGACCCCGACCCGGGCGCGCGCGCGCUUCGAGGCGCCCUCGGCGGUUUUUUUGGCUCCGUCCUCGCCGUCGGCGGCGGAUUCACGGCGAUCGCGCUCGGCGGGACGGCGAUCAGUCGCGCGGCGGUGGAGCGACAGAGACGAAGGCGAAACACAAAGUGCGAUUCGUGCGCGGGCGAGAGGUUCGUGCGAUGCGCGACGUGCCUUGGGAAGCGCGCGAUCGAUUGGCAACCGAUCGAGCGCCCGAGCGUGGAUCGAAUGUGUCUGUGUCCGACGUGUCAAGGGAGCGGGUUGCAGAAAUGUCUCAACUGUCUGGGGCAGGGCGUCGUGUGA